AGGAUGUGGCUAUAACAACAGACUCAUGUUGGCAAUAUCUGUAACUGUAGUAGUGACGAUUUUGGUUACAAUUCUCUGUCUCAUUGAGGGUCUUACCUAGCCGUAUGGCCUGCUGCCGCUGCCAAUUUAAAAAUACUAUUGAGGUUGUCUGUAAGACAGUCAAGCUGCGUUGUGACAGUGAAUGCCUGACAGACGUCACACGUUGUGAUGAAGAAACAUCUCUAGGGAUUGCAGAAGGAUCGCUGAUGAAGGUGUUACAAGCGCGGAAGAAGAACAGCAGCCCCGAGCUGACUAUUGAGUCAGAGAGGGCGUCCUCAGAUAAAAGUGCUGUCAGCUUGUCAGGCGUCAUGAAUGAGCAGCUGGACCUCCAUAAUAAAAGCGAUAUUAUCGGGGCACGAAAUUACAUACUGCCUUACAUCUCAGAGGGGAAUCUAGGAGAUGUGGAAUCAGCGUUAUUACCGUUCCUUCAACUUCUUUUUUCAAAUACACAAGAUGGAGAUAUGCCGCUGGGCCUUUUGAAAAACAAUACAAGGGGCCCUUCUGUUAAACGUGUACGCAACAAUUCAACUAAUAAAAAUAAAUUGAGGAAACUCCAUUUUCUGGGAAAUUUGUUAGAUGCAGAAACUCAAGAAAAAAUGGAUGAGGUGAAAAAGGAAGAAAAACCUGCCACGCGUACACGUUCCAACCUUUUAAGUGCCAUGUAUAAACGCUACAUCUUUCAAAAGAAGUUGGAAACUGCCCAACCACAGAAAGACAGCCUAGCAAAGACUAAGAGUACAGAGGAAAAGCUGCUGAGAGUGAACAGGGUCCUCAAGGGCCCGAGGGGCCUACAGAAAAUGCACCUCAAAGCAGUGGGAGAUGAGAGCGUCAGGAGGAAACAGAAUGCCCAGCCAUCUGUGGCGAGCACUGCCGAAGAAAGAAGGCUCAGGAGGCCAUCCCCAAGAAAGCUGAAACAGCUACUCAUGGUGCAGAGGCCCAGGAAGCUGGUGGGAAAGUCCUCCAAUGCGGAGUCUUCAUUCAUAAAGGAACACAAGGCAGCAGGUUCCUCUACCCUGAAACAGUACUUCAAGGGCAGGCCUUCUGCCUCCGUCCCUCCAAAAUCCCCACCUGAGGUUAAAAGCAAAUCAAAAGACUUAUCCAACACUAUACUUGUUUUAGAAGAUGCAAAGGCUAGAGUUAGAAAUAUUAAGGAUUUUGAACUAAUCUCACAUUCUGGGAAAAAAUACAUCUUCCAUAAAAUUAGGACUCAUCGGGUCCACAGAAAACCCAAAGUCAAAAGGAGUCGAAAGUUCAGAAAGAAAAGUUCACCCAAUAGAAUGAUGCUUGCAAGCCCUCCGUUCUCUGUAGGGAGGAGUCUCAUAAAUUCCCCUCCGCGAGAGGCUGUUUCAUCUUCAGGAGAAGUGACUUCUCAGGAAAAUCCUUUUCCAGAAUUAUUUUCUCUUUCAGACCCUUCUACAGAAAACACUACUUCAGAAAACAAUACUGCACAAAAUGUUUCUGAAGAAAUUAUUUCUACAGGAAACUCUAGGCUGCCAGGAGGAACCGGCCCUGGAAACACUACCCAUAGGAACGUCUCCACUGCACAUUCUACUGUUGCUGCAGACAACAGUAUGCCAAGUGUUCGACACACCAGCGAAACACAAUGGGAGUAGCACAACACGGGCACUGAAUUAUCCUCUAAGCCCACAGGCUUCACUUUCCCAGGGCUCACGUUCCCGGGUGAUCAAGUUGAAACUCAGCUAAAGCAGCAACUACGGUCCCUCAUCCCCAACAAGGACAUGCGAAGGCUCAUUUCUCAUGUUACCCAGGCUUUGAAAAUAGACUGCUCGGAGACCCACGUGCAGCUGGCCUGUGCCAACCUCAUCUCUAGAACAGGCCUCCUGAUGAAGCUUCUCAGCAAGCAGCAGGAAGUAAAGGUGUCCAAAGCGGAAUGGGAUACGGGCCAGUGGAAAAGUGACAACUCUAUCAGUGAGAGCACAGAAGCCCAGAGUGAGCAGAAAGAGCAGGAGUCAGGUGAGCUCACAAAAGAAGUUCCAGGAUAUGGCUGUAACAACAAACUCAUCUUGGCAAUAUCUGUAACUGUAGUAGUGACGAUUUUGGUUACAACUCUCUGUCUCAUUGAGUGCGUUGGGUCUUCAUUGCGGUGCGCGGGCUUCUCAUUGCGGUGGCUUCUCUUGUGGUGGAGUCCGGGCUCUAGGCGCGCGGGCUCAGGAGUUGUGGCGCACGGACUUAGUUGCUCCGCAGCAUGUGGGACCUUCCCAGACCAAGGAUCGAACCCGUGUCCCCUGCACUGGCAGGUGGAUUCUCAACCAUUGUGCCCCCAGGGAAGUCCCCACAGGAUUUUUAAAGGAACUCCACUGCCAGGAGAUCUCUAUGGAAUUGGAUCCAUGAUAACAAGCCAUUGGACUAUUUUGACAAGUUAAGUUUAUAAGAAGGCCAGAGUUGACAUGAUAGUAAAAUUUCUUCAACUCAAAAAACUAUGCUGAUUUGAUGUACUCACCUGUCACUCUCAGUCUACUGUUGAUUUCUUUCCUUGUUGGCUGAAGUGAUGAGAGGUAUACGAUCUCCAUACUCACGGAGCUAUCAGUCACCCUGGGAGGGCUAAAAGGACAUGCCUAAAAGAUAAAAGUAUGAUCUCGUCAAUUCCUUAGGUUUACUUAGCAGCUUUCUUCUCCAGUGUAUUAGGAAUUGUGUAGAUAGGUUCCAUUAAAACACUGCAAGUAAAAUCCUGCCGCAGGCUACCCUAAAGUAUGUCAUAUUUAUAGUAGCCUAUUCCUGCAGCUAGCCUGUUUACCUUUUGGUCAGUUACCUAAUGGUUUGUUACUUUUCCCAACAGGCAGUUGCUAACAUUAAAAGAGUGAUUUUAAUAAGCUGGCAAUCUUGAUUCUACCCUACCAGUCCAACCUACUUUAUUUACCUUUUCUCUUGUUAUGGCAGCCCUCCAUUGCAGCCAAAGCAGCUCCUCACUAUACGCUAGUUACACCACACCCGUUCCUACUUUUGUCUGUGCCUUUGCCCAUCUAAAUUUCCUUGAUUUUGCUUUGCCUGUGGAAGUCCUAUGAACCUCUCAAAAGCCAACUCAAGUUCAGAUAUCUUUCUUCAUAAAGCCUUCCCUGAAUACUCCAGCCCUCCUGAUCCUAGUCCUGUGAGGUUUGUCACCAUUUCUUAGGGGCCAUAGCAAAGCAGUCGCCUCCCCUCAGAACUCACAAAAGUGGUAAGCAGUUUUUAAAAAGGCAGCCCCCCAAGAGAGAAACACCAAGGUUAGCACAUCAUGGAACUGAGCAGAGACGUGUAAGGACCAAUGGCUUCCUGGCCUAUCAGACUUGAAUAAAACCUGACAUGAUGUACUAACUUCUAAAGAGAAAUGUGUCUGUCUUCAGGAGGGUUGGUCAGUAGUGAAAGCAUAGAAAAGGUGAGGAGAGACCAACAUGGGCAGUGCCCAUCCUCACAUUGCCCGAGAGUAGAGAUGGCACCUUAGGCAGCAGAACUGAAGAGUCAGGCCCACUAGCCAGGCUGUGCCUGUUGAGGAGAUGGAUGGAUCCAGCUGCCUCAGGCCUUCCCAUUAAAUUCUGGAUUCAGCUGAUUCCUUUUCUAAUUCUGUUCUCACCAAGUAGCCUUCGAUUGUGUGAUUGUGCUUUAGUGUGCCACGGAGGCCUGUCUCCACAGAAGGUAAUUCUCUGAUUGUGUAGACACGGAUGCCCUGUGUGUAGAACAGAUGUAUUUCUCAUUGUCAAGUAAUAAUUUGGCAUUCUGAUUUUUGAUCAAUCCUGUGCUAUUGAUAAAGUGAGACUGCCACAGCAGGAAGACGUGAGUUCUCUCUUGGUGAGGAAGAGUAUGAUUUCUGAGCCUAGGAGGCUGGGGACUAGCAUGGGGUCAGCUUGCUAGUCAUUGGCCAUUGCCCAGACUGUACCCACUACAUCUCCAGGUGGCAUAUGGCCUUUUGCUUUUUUAGAAUUUCUGUAAAGUCCCCUUUUUAUUGUUUCGAACUUCUAUGGAGUUUAACCUUGAAUUUGUUUUGUUUUGUUUUGGCCUGCGGGAUCUUAGUUCGCCAAGUAGGGAUUGCACCUGUACCCUCGGCAGUGAAAGCGAGGAGUCCUAACCAUUAUUUCCUCUCCCCACUUAUAUGAUAAGCUCUUUGAGGACAGGGGCCAUGCAGUGUUCUUCCUAUGGUAGACACUAAUGGUGUUCAACGGAAGAGAGAUGAGGCGUUAUGUCCAUUCCACAGUGAGGAAUCAUGCAACCGAAUAUUUAUUUGAAGUAGCAUCGAGUCCAGCAAUAGACCAUGUGUUCUUAAGACUUUUGAAAUGUCAUGUUUUAAUAUUCCAGUCAGUGGGAGAAAAUGAAUAAAUGGUGAUAGAAUAGCUGCCUAACUAUUUGGGGGGUAAAGAACAGCAGAUCCCCAUUUUUCAUCUUAAAUAAACAUAUUUCCAUAAAUGUGAAAAAAGACCACAUAAAGGUAUUAGAAGAAAAUAAAAGCAAUAUUUUUAUAAUCUUAUUGUGGGGAAGAGCCUUCAGAGCCUGAUGCCACAAGCAGAGCCUUUGAUAUAUUCCACCAUCUUGUCUGUGACACCAGCCUAGCACUGAUUCAUGCCAAGCGUAAGAUGAAGAGUUAUCCAUAUAUUGUCUGAUUUAAUGCCCACAGUCCUGUGAGGUUGAUAUUACUAUCCCUCCUUCAUAGAUGAAGGAGAUCAAUGUAAGGCCCCAGUGGCCAAACCAAAAGCAGAAGCCAGUUUCACCCGACUGCAAAGCUUGUGCUCCCUACUCCACUCUUUUGUCUUGUCUCCUUAGAGACAAAAACACUGGAAAGAUUCGAAACACUGGAAUUCAAUGAAAGCCAGUAUUUCUUUACUAUAAAGAGUUUUUUGUUUGUUUGUUUGUUUGCGGGUGGCGGGGUUUGGCCAUGCUGUGCAGCUUGCGGGAUCUUAGUUCCCUGACCAGGGAUUGAAACUCAGGCCACAGCAGUGAAAGCGCCAAGCCCUAACCACUGGACCACCAGGGAACUCCCAAGAGUUUUAUAAGUCAACAAGAAGAAGACAAACAGUCCAGGGAAAAAGGGGGCAAGGGCUGUUGAGAGUAGCAGGUGUGUUGACAGUCUGCCACCAUAUCUGCCCGUCCUCUCCUCAUGGCUCAUGUGGGGUGGAUUUUGUUAGCCAGGCCUUUGUCACCUCAUGACGUACAAAUAAUCUCUAAUAUUUUCUUCAAGUACUUUUAUAAUCUGUCUAGAAUUUGUUGUAUUUGUUUUUUAGUGUGGUUGAGGUAGGGGUUCUAACUUUUCCCCCCUACAUGGAGAUCUAAUUGUUUUCAAAUCUUUCACUGAAUGGUUUAUUCUUUCUUCUCUGGUCUAAUAUACUAUCUUCAUCUGGACUCUAUUCUGUGAUCCAGUUAUCUUGUCCUGUACCAGUACCAAUAUCACACUGCUUAAUUCCAGUUGCUCUAUAACAUAUUUUAUAUCUGGUAGGGCAAGUUCCUACUCUUUGACCUUCUUUUUCAUACAUUUCAUAACUAUUCUUACAUAUAUUCUCUACCAAAUGUCAGCUGGCCAGGUUUUAUUUAAAAAUUAUUUUGGAUAUAAAUGGAUUGCAUUGAAUUUGUAGGUUAACUUGAGGAGAAAUGACCUCUUUACAACAUUCUAGGAGGCUGGUAUCUCAUGCCAUGUAAGUACUUCUUCUUAAUGUCCUUCAGAAAAGUUUUAAUAUUUUCAUCACAGAGGUCUUACAAAUUUUUGGUUAAGUUUAUUGCUAGGUACUUUAUGCAUUUUUAUUGAUAUAGUAAAUGGGAUGUUUCUUCUGUUUUUUAGUGAGUUAUUUGUGUU